AUGUCAAGCACGGCGAUUCACACCGACACCGUCUCGGCCCGGACCUCCUCCCCCUCCAAGGCCACCGCCGCCCUCCUCACGCCGGCAUCCCGCCACUUCGUUCCUACCGACCUCGACGGCACCGUCAUCCCGCACGCCCGCCGCUGGCUGUACUCCACGCCCGCCUUCGCCUGCGGCGCCUUCGGCUCGCGGGCCGCCAACGUCGUCGUCGUCGGGCUCUUCGUGCUGUGGCAGCGCUCCGCCGCCGCCCACCGGCUCUACGCCCACCUCGACGCCGUCUACGGCGCCGCCGCCGUCAACCUCUGGGGCACCUUCCUCCUCACCUCCGUCUUCUUCUGGGCGUGGGGCGGGCUGUUCGCCCUCGCCGACCUGACCGGCCGCCCCCGCUGGCUCUUCCGCUACAAGACGCAGCCCUUUGUGCGCGUCUCCCCUCACGACUACGCCCGCAUCUGCCUCGUCUCCCUGCGCAACCAGGUCCUCGUCGCGCUUCCCUUGCUCCUGGUAGUCUCGCGCCUCGCACCCCCUCGACCGGUUCACCCCUCCGCGCUGCCCUCCGCCGCGCGGACCGUCGCCACCGUCAUCUUUGACGUGCUCUGCACCGAGGUCGGCUUCUACUACGUGCACCGGGCGUUCCACUCGCGCGCCUUGUACGCGCGCUUCCACAAGAAGCACCACGAGUUCGCCGCGCCCGUCGGCCUGGCCGCCACCUACUGCACCGCCGCGGAGCACGUCCUGUCCAACCUGCUGCCCAACGCGCUCGGCACGCUGCUCGUCCCCCACCACUGGUCCCAGCAGUGCUUCGCCUUCCUGCUGCUCGAGUUCGGCACCGUCGUCGCGCACUCCGGGUACAACCUGCCGGGCCUGCCGUCGAACCUGCAGCACGACUUCCACCACUUUGCGUUUGACGAGAACUUUGGGCCUGCGGGCUUGCUGGACGCGUGGCACGGGACGAACAGGAAGUACAAGGAGGCGUUGGGCGAGGCGCGCGCGCGCGUGGACGGCAACGAGGAGCGCGCGAGGGGGUUGGUCCUGAAGCGGCUGGCUGAGAUUGAGGUGGCCGCGGCGGAGGAGGAGGCUAAGAAGAACAACUAA